AUGUCUACUCCAACCAAAGCAAGGAGUAAGCGGGCACUUCCGAGGGUUCCUCUGGAAAGGGCCGCCAGCGUCGAUCGCAUAGUAACAGGGACGCUGAAAUCUGCUCGAAGGAAAGUUGAUGUUCAACUUGAACCUACAGGCGCUGAUGUGACAAAAUACAGAAGCCGUUCAACAUCACAACCGCAGCAAACGAGUGCACUGAACAUGAAUUCGAAGCUUCGAUCAGAGCCGUUUUCUAGAAGGAAAGAUCUGUCUUCAAGCGAGAGUGGUUCGGGCAAUAGUUCACCUUAUAACUCUCCUCGAGAAACAAGGAAAGCCACUGUGGCACCUAUGGUAGCACAAAUCAUCGAUAAAUUUAAUAAUGGCUCCCAAGAAACAAAGUCUGAGGAAAGAUUCGAGGUUAAAGAAGAGUCCUUUGGCACAGAGAAGAAGAUCGCGCGCGUUCUUCCAAUGACACCGCAUUUUCUCGAUGAACAUACCACAAAUGAACAGCCGCCAUGCACUAAACAGAGUGAUAUCGAUUCGAUAGCUGAUUUAAAAAUCACUAAUCUACAGUCAAUGGAAAAAGUCAAUAGUCACGGCGAUGAAAAAUUAAAAGGCUCCUUUAUUCCUCCCGGGAAAGAAAACGUUCUCGGUGUGAUUCAACCUAAAAUGGCCGGAACACCAUCGAGUGUUACACAAACACCAUAUCAACCACUUGCCGACGAAGCCGAAGGAUCCAGCGUCCGAGUCGGUGUAAGAGUUCGACCGUUUUUACCAAGGUGAGUAUAAUAUUUGUACUUGUAUUUAGAGUAUGUGUGCGAGCGAGCGAUCGAUCGAUUGAGUAAUGUUGACUUCAAAUAUAAAGAGAGAAAGAUCUCUGAUCUAAUCGGCUAAUGAGUUUAUUUGUUGUUUAUGUGAUAUUUUAUUAUUCAGAAAGUGAUAACUUUUGCACGUUGUUGGCAAUAUCGCCUAUACUAUACAGAUAUAUAUAUAUAUCGACCAAUAUCGUAAUUUUCCCAAGGUGACGUUGCAUGUCUUGUCUUCCAGCCGAUUUUGAAGUAAGAUGUAGCUGUACAGUACAUUUCAAACACUGCAACACGUUUUAUCGGUGAUCUGUGUGACAGAAACCACAGGAACCGGAUUACAUGUUUGCCUAUCAAAGAUUUGAGUCAACACUUUAACCUCCAAUUUCGAAUCCUAUAAAAGGCUUUAAGAACAACAAAGAUUAUCUUUGACCCGUUCGCAAGUAAUAAUUUUUUUAAUAAACUUUGUUUACAUAAUCAAAAUUCCUGCGAAAUGGCGAUGGAAUUAAAACCUCAUUAAUUCAUUGCUAUUCAAUAAAAACGAUCAAUGCCUUUGUUUCUUUUAAUUACAAAAGGAUUUAACAGCGGCUUAUGGUAACCGGAGGCCCAGUAUUGGAUGCUAUUUGUUGUUUUCUCUUUGUCACUCACAGGAGCUUAAAUGCCUUCCUUCUGAAGUUUUUCAUUUAAUCAUUCCACUUCCCUGUCUACAGACUGAUUGGUUCUUUGGAUAAGCUGCAUUAUUUGCGCUAAAAAGUUUCCUUGACAUGUCUUCAUAGGUACUGAAGGUGAAAAAAUGGAAGAACAAAUUAUUGGAAAAUUCUUGCAGAUUUGAUGUGAGAUUUGGAUCUCAUUUUAGCUUUGCAUUUUCAGAUGACACCCCUUUCUAGGGAUCAGUGAACUUCUAAUACUGCAUUUUAUACCUCUUAAAUUGACAUGUAGAUUAAAUAGAAGUUCUAAAUUCGUGACCAUGUUUUGUACAUGUUUUGUACAGUAGGUAUUUUGGAGGGGAGCCCUUUCCUGGACUCUAUUCUCAUACAGUCGAACCUCCACUAACGGCCACCUCUCCACAACAGCCACCUCUCAACAACGGCCAGUUUUUUUGUCCUGUUGGAUAGUCCAUACAUUAGGGAGUUUAAGAUACCACGACGGCGACAGCGGCAAAAAUGUCGCUUAAAAAGUGACUUCUCGAUCUAUGAAACUUUAGCGCAAUUAUCCCAACUCGGUCACUAUGUUUUAUGUAGGCGAACUCUCCUGGAGUUGAAUUCUGAAGAAAAAUAUCCAGGUUUACAAAGAGUAAAAGAGAUUCGUUGUCGUAUGUUCACGUUGUUGAUAAAACGUGAAAUUAGGCAAUUCACGUCGUAGUCGUGUAGUGACGGCAAAGAAAUGUACAAAAAAGCGUGAUGCACUUGCAAAGUUGUUGUUUGGCUAAUCUUAACCAACUGCUUUUUGACGUUCUCGUUGCCGUCGCCGUAGUGGCAUCUUAAACUCCCUAUUGACUCUAGUUAAAACCUCUUUACAAAGGCCACCUCUCUACAACAGCAUUGGCCACUAAAGCGUGUCCUUAAUUGCCAAAAUCUCUUGACAGAGGCCAGUUUUGACAGCAGCUGAUGAAAAAGUCAAGAAUAGUAAUGAAAUUUGAUCCAUAUGCACCUUGAUGAUUAAUCGUGGCAAUAGUAUUUUGAUUGUGUUCCAUUCAUACUGCUGUAGUGAGCUUAAAAAUUGUCUACGAUACCGCUUAUAGUGAAAGCUACCGUAACAUUUUAAGUCAAAACAUUUAUUCAAGUUUUUUUUUUGUAUUUUAACUCUAGAUAUUAUUUACGAUUUGAUUACCACUAAAGGGUACAGUAAGCAUGAACUUGCAUAAUAAAUAUGUUGUAGGUCCCUAAAAAAAUUUGUCGCAUUACACCCCUACCUGCCCAUGACUGCCACCUCUCUACAACGGUCGCUUUCGUCUGUCCCCAAGGUGGCCUGUAUGGAGAAGUUCUACUGUAUGUUUACUGUAUCUCUGCUGUAGACACGUACAACAGGUCUGUAAAUUAUUUUGUUCCUCCACAGGGAAGAAAAUGACCCCAAUGUCAAGAAUUGUAUUUCUAUGAAAGAGAACAAAACUGUAAUCACAUCUGAUGCUGGAAUGGAAUAUGAGUUUGUUUAUGAUUAUUCUAUUUGGUCAUGUGAUCCCAAGCACCCUGAGUUUGUAGGACAAGAGAAGCUGUAUAAAUUGAUGGGUCAGCCACUUUUGAACAGUGCUUUUGAAGGAUACAACACUUGUCUCUUUGCGUAUGGUCAGGUAAGGCUGAGCAAAAAUCAUUCAUACAUUUUCAAGAGGGAGGUGUGUUCUUUAGGCCCAUUUAUAUGGAGAAGAGUUGUCCUGGGAAAACGGGUCACCCGCCUACCCGAGCUACCCUGGGCACUCCAACUAUUUCUUUACAAACUGUGGUGAACCAUUUACAUGAGAAACAAAUAGAUGGCUUGGGUAGAAGGGUGACCUGCCUGGGCAGGUCACCCUUUUAUUGGUGGGGUCACCCCCCUAGCCAGGCCAAAGUUUCUUGAUAUAAACACCCUGGAUUGCUCAGCUGGGUCAAACUGGUCUAGGCAAGACAAUCAGAGCAUGCAUUAGUGCUGUUGGCUUGGGCAAAGGGUUGACUGUUUUUUUCAUAUGAAUGUUUGCAAAAAUUGACCUGACUGGGAGGGUGUUCCUUCAACCUGGGACAUGUUUUCUCCAUAUAAAUGUGGCCUUAGUUUAAAGCAUUACAGAGAAACUAUAGUGAUUUUAGUAAGUACCUUAAUACUUUUGCAGGCUCAUUUUUUUAUAAUCCACUGAUGCACCUUUAGACUGUGGUUUUAGUGAGAGCCAUUUUGUUCCUUAUUUUCUCAGAUCUUUAGCCUACAUUGCAGGUGUUUUUCUAUGGGUGCACAAAAUUAAUGUUUCUGAAAACGUAACCACUCUGGUGAAACUGCCAUUUUGAAUUCCAAAAAGGAGAGGAGUUUUCUACUCUUUCAAAUCUUUGUUUGAUAUUCAAUAAUUAUAAAAGAUGCAGGAAGCUGCGGUAAUACAAACACAAAUAGGGUUCACUUUAAGUUCCGGCAAAUGACUGAAAAACCAGCCGAGCCGCCUACUUUUUGGGGAAAAAGGGAUAAGCUGGUGAGAGGGUAAAAGCCUGAAAUUGCCUCAGCACUCAGUUACCAAGCCACCUACUUUUACACCUUAGCUGUGUGCUUUAAAAUUUAAUGAGAACCCUGCAUAAACAAGCAACGUUUGUCCACCUAAAAAUACUCCUGCAAUACAGGCUAAAAUAGAUUUUCAGGGAAUCAAUAACCAAUGAAAGCAUGAUCGCUCAAUUGUGCUUCUCCUCCAAAGAAGUUCUUAAAAAUUAAUAAUGUAUUAGAUUUUAUCUUUGCGAUUAUUGUUGCAUCCUUAGUUUAUUUGUCUAUAAUUUUAAUUUUAAUUAUGUUUUUUAUGUGUUUUUCAGACUGGAUCAGGAAAGUCAUACAGGUUAGAGUCCUAUUACCUUGUUUUUCCUGCAGGUGAAAAAGACCUUGAUUAUGCAUCCUUGAAUUCUCCUUCAAAAUCACUUGACACAAAGUUUCAUAUCACAAUAUCAAACAUGGAAAAGUGCACUGCUUCAUCUUAACUUUCUGCUUGGUGUUUGAUAUGAUAUUAAACACACUGCACUGCUGUCUUGCAUGUGUUUGUCUCUUUUAGUAUACUGUCAAACCUUUAUAUAGCGGCCCUGUAUGUAUAGUGGUCACCCUGUAUAUUACGGUCACCAGACAACUUCCAAAGAUUUUCAGUUCACCCUGUAUAUUACAAUCACCUUGCCAUUUGCCAAGGGUGAUCACUGAACACAUGUUUAACUGUAUCUGGAAAACACAGCCCCUUUUUUUUUCUCAGCAGCCCAGCAUCAUGCUUUUUAAAAAGAUAAUUAGCUAACAUUAUUAGUGCGGUAACAACUUAUUUGCUUGAUUGCUGCCAAACUAGAAGCCCACCUAGUGCAUGUCAUUUAUAUGGUAUGAAUUAAUGUACAGGCAAAGAUGUAGGAAUUUUCUCAAGUGAUAAUAAUAAUUAUAAGUAACAACAACUGAGUAUUAAAUUAAUUUCAGUAUCAUGGGUCAAGGAGAUGAACUCGGCAUUUUGCCAAGAUUCUGUGAAGAGCUUUUUGAGAGGAUCAAAUGUUGGAAUGAGGUAUUGAUUUAGUUCUUUUUAAAGGGGCUUUGAGCAGUUUUGACAGCACUGGGGUAAAUGUAUCAGUACAAGUAAUAUUGGAUUAUUUUAUAUGUUUCACCAGUAAGCUAGUAUUUUCCUCAAAAAAGUGUCUGGGUUGCUAAUUUAAAAUUUUGGCUAACAGGAGAGGUGCUUAUUGGAAGAAGGGCGCUUAAUCGAGGGGGCACUUAUUAUUACAUUUUUCUCCUGUUGAUAAUCAAGCAUACCAUAGUCCCAAUUAUCAUAUAUACACUUAACAUAAAGAUGUGUCAGUGAAAUGGUGAAGUUGAAGCUUAAGAAUAAUUAUUAUUUUAUUUUAGCUUAAAAUAAUAAUUAACCCUCCCCUCCCCUCCCCCUUUAAUAAUAAUAAAUGGGGAGGGGAGGCUUAUUUGAGAAGGAUGCUUGUUUGGUAUUUGGGCCUAGGGGUAGGGCUAUUGUAUGGAGGAGGGUGCUUAUUAGAGCAUGCACACCUAUUUGGAGGUAAUAUGGUUUUAACUGUAGAUUUAUUAUCUAUAUUGAGGUUGACUGCUGCCAGUUCUGGAAACCUCAGCAGAGCAAAGAGACUUACUAUUUCUGUCAGAAACAGAUUACAUGAAUUAUUAAACAGGAGUAUCCACUUUGCAGCCCAGAAUAACAAAUGUAUCCAUAUUUAUGUUUUAAUAUUCAAUAUAGCUCCAGUUCACGGUGGAAAUAAGCUACUUUGAAAUCUACAAUGAGAAAAUCCAUGAUUUAUUAGCUCCUAGUAAGAAGAAAGAUGGCAAAAAAACUCAGGUAAUUGUACAAAUUACAAUGUAAGAUGUGUUUACAGCCUGAUGCUCUCGCCAUGUAGUUACAUUGCAUACAUUUACAAGAAAGAUCAAAGGGCUCCUGUACAUGUGGCCCCAGAUCACGAUAAAAAUAACUCAAAAACUUAUUGAAAAAAAAAGGGAGGGAGGCUUUCCCUUGAUUUUACCUCUGGUAACCUGAAUGGGUGUAUACCCACCAAAUACAGUAAAACCCCACGUCUAAGAACCUAGAUUUUUCCAAGUCAGCCUGAACAGGUUCUUAUAUAAAUGGUGCUUAACUUGAAAUCAGGCUAUCUAGGUUCUUAAAUGGGUUCAUAAUUUUUGGUGAGAAAAAAAGUACUUGUAUUAAUUGGUGGGCGUGGCCUUUUAUUUUAAAUUAUUCACACACACACACACAUUUUGAUGCUAGUUAUAUGGAAAAGUAGAUUGCUUGAACAUUAAAGGCAUAUAAAUCAUACAAAAUAGUACUAAGUUAUGCACAUGUUAUUGUUUUCUAUUGCACUUUGGAAAAUAAGAACCUACUUUGCAAUUUCAGCCUGAAAUGGUUCUGAUGUGAAGGGUGCUUUAAAUAAAAAUUUCAGCCUGACAGGUUGUUAACUUUUAGGUUCUUAUACAUGGAGUUUUGCUGUAUCACACCCCAGAUGUGAAUCUUAUGCCUGUGAUUUUAAAAUGUUCAUUUAGUGCCAGAUUCACUUUCUCAAACAUUAAACAUCUGGCUCACAAAUCUGGCCCAUCAGUUUCAACAUCGUUUUUGUUUUUGGAUGUUUGUGGGAAAAGUCUUCAGGUAUCUCCAGAAUUGGGAACAGUAGCAACAUGGCCUUAAUGUUCUUAACAUUUCAUUUAUUCCAGUUGAGGGUCAGAGAACAUCCAAUUCUUGGGCCAUUUGUUCAGGAUUUAAGCACGUGAGUUGAACACCAUCUUCUUUAGUUGAUAACUAAGUACAGAUAUGAGGCCAUGCCAGGGUAAAUUCCGACAAGCGACAUGGCCCAAAAAGUAGCGACAGUGGGUGAAAUAAAAUUGCGACAAGAGACAACCUCCCUGGGCCAAAUUACGACAGUGACGGCAAAGCCCACAAUAAGCAAUAAAGCUUUUAUAAACACUGACACGAGACAUUUUAAAAUUCAGACAGGCAACAUGGGACCCCCCCUGGCAUGGCCUCAGAUAUGGUUAACUGCAUCUACUGCUUGUCACUAUGUAAUCUCAAUUUGUAGUCAGUGACAAUGAUGUCAUUGUGAGUGGCUCAAACAAUAAAAUCUGUUCUCAAAAUUUAUUUUGCUACUCUUCAGAUACACUGCAAGUUCAUAUGCCGAUGUUGAGGUGAGAUUGAAACAUUCCUGCCUAAAAUGAAGUAGUUAUUACUGUUAGAUGUACAACUCUUGUUGAUGUACUACAGUGUACAUUUGAGAGACACAGGAGCAGCAUGUAAUGGUCAAGGCCUCCUAAGAGAAAAUGAAGAUGAUGAUAAUGUACACCCUACUUUUGUCGAGAAGAUGUUGGGGAGAAGUUUAUAAUUUGAUCUUAUUUUUUGAUUUUAAUGUGAUAUUUUUAUUUUAGUUAAUAACCUGUGUCAAUAAAAUUACAUAAACCUCCACCAAAGAUUUAUUGGAGAGUUUCUACAGGGUUAAUGCAGACCUACCUGUGAUUGGAGUGUCAAGAGAGGCACCUCAUAUUUGCAUACUAACAGUUGUUUUUUAAACAUUGAUUUUACAUCAAUGUGUUUCUGUAGUCAUGGUUAGCUGUGGGUAACAGCAUCAGAGCCACAGCUGCGACAGGGAUGAAUGACAAGAGUAGCCGAUCUCACUCAGUUUUUACUAUGGUCAUGACACAGACAAAGGUAUUAGCUAACACCGUUCAACUUCUCUCCCAAUUAAGUUACCUGAUGAAACAUUGGUUAAAGUGGGAGGAGCACCCAUUAAUAGCAAAUUCUUGUAUUAAUCACCCUUUCUUUCACCAGUGUUGAAUGUGAAAAAACUACUAAAUUAUCUACCAUGAAUAACAUUUUUAAUUUUUCUCAGUGAUAUUAUGGUUCACUGUGGGUACAACAUGCAAGCAUGUGGCAAAAUGGCCUCCCAAAAAGAGACAAUAAUUAUUUCCUUAACUCUUGAAAUUACUAACGAGUACUUGGAAUUGACUUUUUGACUGUUGAAAAAUCUGUCAGCAAAUGCUUUCUAUAUUAUUUAAAAGUCCUAGUUUAGUUCUGGUGUUCCUGUGCCAUGCAAUGUUACUUUAUAGGUUAACUGUGCCCUCUCCACACCAUAAGCAAUUUGCUUUUUUUAAAACUUUGUCGUGUUUAUAACAACUCGCGUGAAAUGUCAAAUAUAGGUAAAUUUCCCUGGAGUUGAAUGCUUGGGGACCAAACUCAAGUCCAGAAACCUUCGUCCAUAAAACAUCACACAUAGUGGUCGUACACUGAAGGCAAAGAAAUGUACCAAAAUGUGUGCUCUAUGUGUAAAAUUGUUAUUUUGCUUAUUACUGUUGUCGUCGUUGUUGCUAAACACCCUUGUGUUGCAUGACAGCAUGACAGGGAGAGGGCCUGAACUGUAUAACUGAAAACUCCUGGUAAGCAUUGAGAUUGCUGUUUUAUGAUAAAUAUGUAACCGUAACACGGUUUAAUUUUGUGCUGUUCUAGACUGAGAUUUUUGAAGACUCUGAGACCCAGAUGACCACUACCAGUAAAAUAAAUCUGAUUGAUUUAGCUGGGAGUGAGAGAGCAAGCCAAGUACUGAAUAAUCAGGUGAUCAAAACACAGGAGAUCGCGGCUCUGAGACUCAAGGUAACAGAAAAAUAAAGCUAGCUUGAUCAGUCAUUUAGCUAACGUCUAACAAAGCACACUUGGCAAACAUAUUUUGUAAGAGUUUACUACAAUCUUUAUAAGGAAUCACGGGCCAUUUUUCGUUGGUUGAUUUUUUGGAGGGUUUGCUGCCCGUCCACUAGCGUCCAAGUUUCUUUUUUAAGCAGGCAGAAAACAGAGGCGUCUGUGAAAGGUUUUCUUAAUUUCUUGAACAAUCAGCGGUGAAAAGUUUAAGCACUGAAUGCUGAAACUAACAGUGAAAUAGUAGGCGCAGUUAUUCUCUACCCUUUCUUCGCCCUUUUAACGCGAUAAAAUACGGUUUCUUUAACAAACUUUCCUGCGUUAAAUUAAGCUGAGGUGAUGUUCUGUAUAGUUUUGCUUGAUUUGGCAACAAAAUUCCAGAGAGUAACGCAAGACUGAUAGGAGAGAAUGUAUGAGGGCUGCUAAAUUCGAUCUAAUGGUAUAUCGUGUACCUGGACAGUAAAGAAUGGAUGUAACUGCAUUUACCACUCAACGAGAACCCAAGCAUUAUUUUUAUCUCAAGCUUGUUUAUAACCUGAGUAUCAGUUUACUGCGGAAAGUGGCUUUACUUUUUAGAUCCCUGAAAAACAUUGUUAUGGCAACAGUGUUGCGGAUAAUUAAUUUUUUAAAAUUUUUAUAUCAUGAAAUCAGACACUAUGUUAUAAAACCACGAGAAAAGCAUUUUUGCUUUCCUAAAGGUUGAUUUCCACUGACGCGUUUUUGGCUACGCACGUUAAUGCACGUAAAUUUUAAUCACGUGUUGAGAUUAAACGUUAAGUUGAGCGAGGUUCUACUUUUUGCGCUUACGUGCGACCUUUCAUAAAUUGCCUCUAUUUUAUUUGCGAACGUAAAUUUUACACACGUACGCACGUAAAACUUACGCGACAGUGGAAAUCAACCCUAACAAGUCAAACGUUUCAAUGGAACUCCUCAGCAAUGUUUCUGAUCUGGCCUUAGCCUUAUCUUGAUCUUUUGUGACUUGUGCAUGUAACUACACUUUUGCUUGAUUUGUAUUUCAGGAAGGGGGAAGUAUAAACAAGUCCUUGCACACUCUCGGUAAAGUGAUCUCGCUGCUGUCUGACAGAGAAACCCAUACAAAAAAGAAAUUAUACAUUCCUUACAGAGAUUCCACCCUAACUUGGUGAGUAAACUAAAGCGCUCAAGCGUAAUGUUUUCAUCUGAAAAUAAUCCGCUUGUUAAGAACUGACCUAAAUUCAUGUCAUCCUAAUUUGCCGCUAAUUCCCUGGUAGCAGGGAGUGCCCCUAAAGGUGCCGUAAUCUUGGAGACGAACCCGUGCAAGUUUUCGCGCAACAUUGUUAUUCUACGUGUUUAAUGGCCCAUAGCGAUGUCUCUUGUUUCACCACCCGUUCGCUCCGCGCUCAACUCGGUGAGCAACAUCUUGUUGCGGCAACGUUUCGCAGAGAGGAGGAGAGCCAUGUACUUUGCGCAACAAACACUACAACCUGAAACAAAGGCGAGGCAUUCUCGCGCCGUUGGUCUGUGCGAAAAGUUGUACGAGUCCAUUGCCCGUAUUACUGCGUUAAAAUAGAAACAUGUGCUUGUGGUUACAACAUAUUAGGAACGAAUAAUUCCCCGAAAUGAAUAUUUAGCCGGCUUAAAAAUGAAUGUUAGUUAAAUAAUACAGGGAAUGCGAUUGUAGGUGUAUUUCUUUGUAACUGACGUGUUUUGUUUUUUAGAUAUGGUGAUAAUGCUUAGCCUGUUAAUGUUGUUAUUCACAUAUAAUUUUAUUUUUCUUUCAGGUUGUUAAAAGAUAGUUUGGGAGGCAACGCCAAAACAACAAUGAUUGCUAACAUUAGUCCUGCAAGUAUAUCAUUUGGAGAAUCUCUAAGCACACUACGAUAUCCUUUUACAAACCAGUUUAUCACUUGUCGAGUAAACGAUGUAGAUACGCUUGUAGGAAAAAGACAUAAUGUAAAGACGUCCUUCCAAUAUCGCAUUGUGCACAAGCCUUUUUCCAGAUCAGUACUUAAGCGUACUCAGGUUAUUUGCCGUUUUCCAUUAUUCACAUGAUGAAGUCUUUGAUUUUUCUUGACCAUUAACAAAUAUGCUCAAAGAGCCCGUACGAUUGUCAACCGAGCAAUUAUCAAUGAAGAUCCAAAUGCAAAGAUCAUCAGAGGUUUGUUGCAUUUAUUUUAAUCUCUCUAAUCUCAUUCUCUCCAUCCGAAUAAUUAGCUGGGCUGACAGCAAGGGCUGAGGAUUUCCCCUGGCUUUUAUAUGUAUAACUCCCGGUUACUUCCAGAAAACAAAAGGAAAAUUCAUAGAACCAAAAGAACUUCUAGCUGUUCAAAUCCCUGCGUACUAUUAACUGCAUAAACCUGGCAACUCCGGCGAAAUCUUACUGACUCUUACUUUCACUUGAUAACAAACCGCUCUUGAUUGUAAACUAAAAUGUAACCAAUGCCCAAGGUAUAUCGUUCAGAUUUCAGACUUGCGCUUUUUUUUGGUGACCGUAAACUCACUGUAAACUAGCUUAAGAUCAAAACCACGUGAUCUUUCAGACAAAACAGUGGUUCUAACAAUCCUUAUGAUCUAAAUUUGUAAACAUGGAUUGUCUAAGACGCCGUCAAAUUAAACAACGCUCUCCACCUUCCUAUGUUUCAAAAGGGGGUUAUAAGAAAACCUAGACAUCUCUUUUUUUCUUUUUUCUAGAGUUAAAAGCCGAGAUAGAGAGACUGAAACUCAGUGAGGGAAACCAAGAGAUAAGUGCUAGAGCCUUGGCAGAAGUUGCUCUCUUGAGAGAUAAACUUAAAGAAACCCAGCGCAUGCUGGCCGAAUCAACUCGGUAAGUGUUGUAUGAAACCCAACUACACAAUCACUGGCAAGUCCCAGUGCUGUAAAAAAGAUAACGUGAAGUCCGUGAAAAUAAGUAUAAAAGCAUCCUCCUUGUAAUAAAGCUUAAUAAGAUUGAAUAUUAAACCAGGAGCUAACUAAAGCAACAGUGUAUGACUUCCCUUUUUUGUUAGAAACUGGCAAGAAAAACUUGCAUUGACAGAGAAGAGGAAAUUGGAAGAGGCAGAAAAACUCAAGGUAAUGGAAAAUACAAAAAACGUGUGCUAGACACGCACAGUUUUUGUUUGAUGUUGGAUCGUGCAAAAUAUCACCAGAAGCGUUUUCUUUGUCGUUUUCUCAUGCCAUGUUAUCCUUCCUCUUGCAGAAAGCAGGCAUUUCUUUCAAGGUGGACAACAGGCUACCGAAUCUGGUAAAUUUAAACGAAGACCCCCAGUUGUCGGAAAUGUUGUUGUAUAUGCUUAAAGAAGGUAAUGUGUUUUACAGUGUCUUUGGUACAACAUUUCUGCCCCCUGCUACUGUACUAUUCCCGGCACAGGGUUAAACAUUGCACCUCAUCUGACUUAAUUGAAAAGCCGCAUUUUUUAAGAAUGCUUUCAUUAAAAUUCAUGAAAGACAUCAUUGUUUUGUUUUUCUUUUCAGGGGAGACAACGGUGGGACAGAAUGAUCAUGAUAUUAAACUGAAUGGAGCGCUUGUUGCAGAGACACACUGGUGAGCAUUCAAGAUGUAAUUCAUGAAAAUAGCUUUUGGUCUUUGUGUUCUGUGAGCGGAGGAAGACCUCAGACAAGAAGGAAAGGAGAGAAAUAGUCGCUGUCAAACCAAACAUAACUCCUUUGCGCCUUGUGUAUUGUGCGACGUUUAUGAUGUUUCUUAACACGUUCAGUUGGUAACAAACAGCUGUUUUCUCUUUAUUUCAGUGUCUUGCGAAAUGACGGAGAGAGGGUUACAGUUUCGCCAAUAGGUAGGUGGUUGUUUGUUGUGUGCACCCUGAAAAGCAGGCACUCAAUAAUUUGGGAGGCAAUGGAAUGGAAAGUUUAACCGCGAACUCAACCCUUCUUCACAGCUCCGCCUUUUUUCGAAACCAAUAUGGAUUAAAACACAGUUAGAGUUCCUUUAGUUAUCGACGAUAUAAAUGUUUCUCUAUAAUAAAAAAAAUGUAAAUCAAACAAAAUCGUCAUUUAAGACAAAUUCUAUAGAUAUUUAAACAACUUUUAAGCAUGGUGUUGACUCUAUGUCUUCUUGCAGGCGAUGCGCCGACAUAUGUUAACGGUCAGCUGAUUGCAGAGGAGACAGUACUUCAUCAUGUAAGUGAAUAAAUGAAAUCUCCUUACAAAUACAAGAAUGGUCAAUUGGCAUCGAGAACAGCAGAACAGAGAACAUUAUCCUGAGUAGCCUGCUUGCCGGCUAGAUCGUUAGCGAGAGAAAAGGUUUGGCAGAGGUGCUACGAAGUCUUGCGGAGAACGGGGAUGAAAUGCUUUUCUCGCGCGCUCUUCGGCGCGUUCUAGCGGCUUCGCGCAAAAAUGUUCCACCAGCUGCACGGGCUAUAUCCUGUUUGCCUCUUGCUUCUGUAUGGGGUACCGGUGGGUACCGGCAAUUUAUCUGGCAGAUAAGACAAGAAAAAAAUGCUUUACUACAUGGUAAUAUGGUAUAAAAGGUUUAUGUUUAAUGUUUUGCUUUUGUUUUCCUCGCAGGCUGACCGUGUUGUUAUUGGAGGUGAUCACUUUUUCAGGUGCCGUAAACGUUUAAAACUUGUUUUAAUAUUCCUGUCCCUUUCUUUCUCUAUUUUUACUUCACUUUAGAUUGUCCUAAUUGAAUUGCAUUAUUCGAGGGGGAUGUCACGGGUGGUGAUUUUAAAUCGCAAUGAAAAAGAUUUGGGCUAAUUUCUCUUUCCAUUGCUUAAUCAUUACAGGUUGAACCAUCCUGUUGAAUUGAAAAAGCGACGAAAAACUAGUCAAAGUGUGGCUGUAGAAAGCGGUGAUCCUGAAAUUGCGGUGGCCAAGGAUUACGAAUUCGCGCGUAACGAACUGGCUCAAGCACAAGAUGCCAGGUAAAAGAAGAAUGAGAAAAUUGCAAUGCUUUAGUAAUGAUAAAAAUGCAUUUGAACGAAACUAAAACACUGACUGGCUGGAGUUAAGAGCAGUCGACUAUUAUGAACUUGAAAAAGAAAUCUUGUCAAUAAAGGGUUUUUUAUAUAGCUAAAUGAUUACACCAAUAAGGAAACUCGUCUUGCCUCAUCAUUCACUUUCGUCACAUAAGGUGAUUCAGCAAUACUUGACAAACUGUAAAUCGGUAGCUUUCUAAAAAGUUGGUUAAAUUAUUCAUUCGAAGCCGGGCAUUGUAGUUUAUAUGCAAUCAAAAUGACCGAACCUUUUUGUUAUUCUUUUAGAUUGGGGUUUAAGGUAUCUGCCUUCAGCAUAAAUGUUCGUUGGGGGUGAGGUUGAGGCUAGCCCAUCCUUGCUUGUCAAGGGCUGUCAACCUUAACGCCCCGACAAUUAUAAUUAUCGUUCCGUAUUUUUCACUGCAGACUUCGGGCUGAACUGGAAGAAGCCAGGGAAGAAGCACGAAUCAAAGCUCAGGAAGAGAUAGUGAUCAGAAUACAGGAAGCCAAGGUUAGAAGUUAUUGCCGUAUCAUUAAACUCAUUAACCAGAAAUCUCUGCCUCCUAAAUGAGGAUUUCCACUUAAUGUUUAAAUCCAAGCAGAAUGUAUUGGGAGCGGAGUCUUAGCAAUAAAGACAUAGUUUUUUUUUUCAUAUCACUUUUGGUUUUUUUGUUUGUACACAGGAUGCCGCCCAACAAGAAUUGAAUGAACAAAAACAGCAAUAUGAAGAAAAAGUCACACAUCUACAUGAAGCUAUGGUAUUAGAGGCUUUUGUCCAUUUGGAGCUGAUAAGUGUUUGUCAUAGUGGAGUGUGAAUCAAUAAAUUCAGCGAACGAUCAAUUUAUCAGUUAUUCAGCUACUGAAACAGAUCAAUCAAUAUCUUAUCGCCUGGACCGAGUUACAACAAGAUAAUUUGUCCCCUAACUUUAAAAUCUGUGGAUGAAAUUCUGUUGUGUUACCAUUCAAAUGAAACCUCUUCAGCAGCACUUUCACAUGGUACUGUUUAUUUAGUAUGUAGUUCUAACUUUUGAGUCUGUGGAUGAAAUCCAAGGGUGUUGCCAUUCAAAUGAAACCUCUUCAGCGGUACUUUCGUAUGCUACCAUUUAUUUAGUAUGUUUUUCUAACUUUGAAAUCUGUGGAUGAAAUCCUGUAGUGUUGGUAUUUAAGUGAAACCUUUCUGGCAGAACUUUGGCAAACGAAUAAUCUUUUGUUAGGAUUUUACAGAAAGAAGUUUGAUUGGCUGAAAGGGUUAAUUAACCUUGUCAAGUAGGCUUUGCUUCAUACAGUCCAGUUUAGAACGGAUCCACCGCCAGCAUGUUUGUCAAACGACAUCCAACAUCGUUAGGUGGUGUUGGAUACGGCCUAAACGUUUUAGCUCAUUAAAACCUGAUCUAACAUUAUCUAACAAAAUCCUACACCGCCCAAGAAGGAGUUCAAACGAACGCAAAAUGGGGGCGCUACGUUCACUUACAUCACACAUAUGAUUGAUCCUAUAAUACCGCUGGAAGGCUUCAAUUAAAGAAAGAGCAAUUUCCUUAGGAAUUCCUCAUGUACGGACACGGGUGCUGGCAGCAGUGUUUUGAGAAAAAAAAAACGUCACUUUGAAUUGAUACCUUUUUAUGUAGUACUGUUGUAUUAAUUAGCAUUUUUUCUGUUGACAGGAAAGUCUCUCGACAGAAAAGAAAGAAGCUGAGCAGUCGAAACAAACAGCCGUGGAAAAGAUUUCAGAACUGCAAGCGCACAGGCUUGUAAGUUUGGCUUUUAAUCAUAUAACUCUUGAAUUUUUUUAAAAAGGAAAGCUCAUGCUCAAAUGCGGCUGAUCUUAUAUUUUAUGCCAUAUUUUUUCUCAGCUCUUGGAGCAAGAGAUCCUAAACAACCGGAAAAGGCUACAAAUGGAAGCACUCGCUGCCAAACAGGUCAGUCGAAAGUCUGCAGAGUUUUGAUUCUAAGACUUUGACUGGUACAGUCAAAACUUUAUGAUAGACUAUAAACAACAUGACUUUAAAAUCUGUUAGUUAGCAUCUAUAACUUUUAACAUUCAAAUUCUUUCAUUACAUUUCGCCUCACUGUUGUUGAGAACAAUCCUGUGAUUAAAGUACUUAAAAGCUGAGAUGUGAUUUUCACUUUCUUGGUUUGGACAAGAGAUCAUAACAAGAAGCAUGUGUGCGACGCAUUUUAGACGUUAAUUCCAUAUGGAGCAGUUUGUUUCGUAAAAUUAAAAGUGUUUUUAAAUUCUGUACAGGCUUUGGAGGAAACGAAAAUGAACCAAGUUCGGAUUAUCUCUGAGUUGGAAAAAGAAAAGAAGAAAAUGCAAGAAGAUGUAUCGAAACUUAAGGAAGCUAAGGUAACGUAUUUCACAUAGGCUGUCGAUCUGUUUUUCCUUUGAAGUCUUCAGCGAACCUUCUCGAACACUGUAAGAUUGUUGUUCUUGUUUACAUUUUUUCAGCAAAACCGCGUAAAGAUAAGGGAGGAGUUCCGGGCCUCUUUUAACAACAUUGGAAGGAAAAAUUCCUUAGCAGGUAGGGUUCUAAUCUCAUUUUCUAAUUUGAGUUACAAUCGUCUUGAUGUGUAGAACUCCUUUCUAGGCUACUGCUAAUAAUAACAAUAAUUCCGUUAUUUACCCUCGGCAGUAUUUAUAGCACUAAUGUUAGUGGUGCCGAACAAAUGCCUGAAACAAAUAAUUUGAAGGAUCCAGAGGCAAACCAGCGGGAUCAGUUUACAAGCAUGGCCGAGGAUUUGAGCUCGGAACUACCGAGAACAAAUCCAGCUAGCGGUCAGAGCGGGACUUGGACACGGAGCCUCCGAAUUACAAGUCCGACGCUCUAACCACUCGGCCACGCUGCCUCCUGCUGUGUUGUCUAGUCGAACUUCCUUUUAAAGGUAGGCCCCUGUCCUUCGUAGGGGGGCUUAGGAUGAAGGGAGAUAGAGAGAAAAAAGGAAGUGGAAAGAAAAAGGAAGAGAAGGCUCAAUUUCGAUUGUUUUGUUAAUUCUGGUCUUUAAAUCGAUAAUAGGGUGAGGACUGAGGGCUCAUUUCCCGACCAGCGGCUUGUAAUCGACCCUAUGCUCAUAGUGGUCUUAUUAGUAAUAAUUAAUAAUAAUAAUAAUAAUAAUAAUAAUAAUAAUAAUAAUAAUAAUAAUAAUAAUAAUAAUAAUAAUAAUAAUAAUUCCGUUAUUUACCCUCGGCAGUAUUUAUAGCGCUAAUGCUAGUGGGCCGAGCAAAUGCUUGAAACAAGUGAUUCAAAUUGAACUUAACAGGGUUAAGAAUCCAACUGACCGGAGGCAAACCAGCUAGCUAUUCACAAGCAUGGUCGAGGAUUUGAACUCGGGACUACCGUGAACAAAUCCAGCUAGCGGUCAGUGCGAGACUUGAACUCGGGGCCUCCGAGUUGCAAAUCCAGCGCUCUAACCGCUCGGCCUACGCUGCCUCUUACACGGCUGCCUCCUAGUACCCUAUCAACUUCUCCUUUAUCGCUACACCUUGUUGUUGUUGUUUUUUAACUCGCUGGAAAAACAACCAGUAAAAAGCGUCUUGUGUAUGAUGCGUCGGCUUUCAACGAGCGUCACUGUUGUAGAAUGAAGUUAACUCACUUAAAUAACGGUUUUAUAUAAGAAAUGUAGAAGAUUUUUUCAAUUUGCAGAUGAUCCGAACAAAAGGGAGCUGUUGCGUAUCACAAUGUCGUUAAGGGAGGCGAACAAGAUUAGCCAGAGUUUAGGAAAGCCCAUUGUAAGUUUAAAGUUAGUAUAUUUCAUAAUUUGGCACCUUUUUUUACGUUAUGUCCAAAUCCAGGGUUCGAUAUAAUUCAAAUUUACUGGCGGUUAAUUAGCGAUAUUCAUUAAGGAUCAUCUUUUUUUGCAGACGUUUAGUCGGGACGAUGUCUUUGUUGACGGCAAGGUAAUCAGCAUUUUACAUAUUUCACUAUUUCAGCACUUUUUAUGGGCCCAUUUUAGUGAUUUUCACAGUAACGUUUACGUGGUUGACUGACCGAGCAUUCCAUCUACAAAAUCAUUCAAUUGUUUUAUUAAUCGCAACCGUAACAUUAGACUCGUCAUACUGAAACUGUGAUCGAUGACGCAUGAACGUAAGUUUGUUUUUCCUUUUUGAUAGUCGGAAUUGAAGAUUCGUUUAAACAACACGAAGAAGGGCCUGACAACGCUAUGGUCACUUGAGAAGUUUGAAAGCAGUAUGGAGCAGAUGAGGGAAUUGUAUCAGGUAUGAGACGCUCAUCUUCUUUAAGGGAGAUAUAUGUGCGUCCGUCCAUCAGCGCUGAUUUGACUGGAUGUUUCCUCUUCCUUUCCUCUCAACAGCAACGAGACAAUGACAGUGUGUCGGGAGAGUCUGGAGACGAGUUUGAUCCCUUCAACGAUCCGGAUGAUAAAUGGGAGAAAGACUUUAAACUGGACUCUCCAAGUAACAGGUUUGCGAUUCACAUGUUAUUUAGUUUUGUACCCCUUUAUAUUUAGAUUUAGCGUGUAUUUUUAGAAAUUUAAGAACCCAUCACAGUCACAGGACAACCAGUAGCUGCAGUUAACCCUUCCGGACAAGACGAUGCUGCAAACCGUUUUCCAAUCUAAGUCAUUCAUUGCUGCUAUCUUUGUUACUUCACAGACGUAUUUCAUCUUUGAGCAGCUCCGGUCUGUCAUCUCGUACCAGAUCAUCAACAGGCAGUAAACCGCAAGGUACGUCAUGAAAUACAUACUCAAAUGUCGUGUAAAUGUAUGUCUUUGUCUCGCAGUGAGAGACAAAGUAUUGAAAUAAGUAGGUUGUCUACAUCUACAGAGUCCGGCCCUCACCCAGCAUCAACCAAACGAGACGUGACAUUUUUACGGGCGAAAUCUUUGCAUGGAAAGAUUAUGACAAGAAGGGAAAAACUCUUGGACUGACUUACUCAACACCGUAAAUCCUAGAUUAUGUAAAAAUAUUAGAAUAGGUGAUACUUCAAUUUUGAUACUUAGAUUGUUUGAAUUCUGCGUGGUAUUUAUAACUUUCCAUGGCUGCAGAUGGCAACCAUGAAGUGGAUUGAAGCUUAAUAUAAUUAGUUAUAUGUUUCAGAAGGACUUUAGUGGCUGUAAAUUGUUUGGUUUCAGCACUGGAAGUAGUUUACGUUAUAUACCUUGUCGUGAUUUUCAAAUAGCGUUUUGUUUUUUAAAAAAGUAUUUGACGAUCAUUGUAGCACAGCGUUUAUCGAAAACAAAUUACUCGUAGAAACAGCCCUUUUGAUGGUUGAUGACUAUCGAAAUAAAAUAUGAUACGUUUAAGCCACCAUAAAACAAACUUUUUUAUUGUUCGUAGGAUUUAACACCGACAAAGCGGAGAGCAUAUUUGCCAAGUAUCGUAACCAGCAAAACCAGAGCCCGUCCUCUGACGCACCCGAGGUACCUUCAGCGGAGACAGGGACAUUAUCUGAGAGGCCUGCUGAAGUGUUAUCAAGUAGACCCCCUAAAGCUCCUUCAAGUAGGCGACGUAAGCACCAUAUUUCCUGUCGUUCCUUCUUAACUUAACCUGGCAAUCUGCUGACCAUACAAGUAUUCCAAGUAGUUAAGAGAUAUCACCCCUGCUUUAGCCUCGAAUCCAAGCUACAUUGUAAUUCCAUGUCACUGCCGAAAAGAAAUGGUGAUCGGUUAGCUCGGGCUUUGAACUUAAACCCAAUGUUUGAAAAAACUACUACAGAGGGACAGUAUACCAUUGGACUUGCUCUGUUUAUGAACAUGACCAAGGGCUUUAACAGUUGUUGCGUUUUUCUUUUUUCUGGGGCUACAUAUUUCUCGAUACCUUAGAGAGAUAAAGUUUAUUUUCAUGAACCGGAAAUCUGUGCAGUUUUACGUCUUCAAUACUCAUCAGAAAGAUACGAAGAAGUACUUUUGCACUUACUAAGAGUUGGAAAUGUUAUGUAUUUAAUUCUAGAGAGCGUAACACGACGAUCAGGCCCGUCUGUGCCAAUGCUGUGUAGAGAGUCAGUGAAGAAUUACGUGGAAUCGUUAAAAGGUAUAGUGUUCUCUAAAACAACCGCCAAAGCUGCCUUUCAAUCUAAACAUUGCGGCUAUUUCAGUUCGCUCUUAUGUGUUAUUUGUUUUAACUGAAUUGAUUUAUCCAAUAAGACACCUUCAAGAUAAGCACUAAAAAAUGAAUAAAUGAUAAUUCAGAAGUGGCACAUUUACAAAGUGAUUCUUCGUGGACCGUUUCCGAAAGAACUGGAAUUACGAAAUGUUGGUUUUGAGGAAAUGGCAAGAACGGUAUACCCAGAAAAAAAACAUCUCGGAGCAAGAGCGAAAACCAACAACAAACUCGUGUAAGGUAUGGCGUCACUUCCGGGAUUCGAACCCAGGCCAUAUUUGUGGGAGGCGAGUGCUCUCACCACUGAACCCUUAGCGUUCCUUGGUUCUUCUUUUACCUCGCAAAGCUUGCUAUUUGGUGAUGUCGCUUCUUAAUUGCCAGUCUAAGCUUAACCUGGGGAAAAACCUUUUGUGCAGUCGGUUACAGGCACUUUUGGAAUGUAUGUGUGUGUGUUUUUUAAUUGCAGAGCUGUCAGAUCCCUUUAAUGAGCCAUUGUUUGAGAAAGUUUUAAGAAGCGUAAAAGAUCUAAAAACCAGCGUAACGGCAAUCAGGAAAACCCUUCAAAACAAAACGGCUGGCGGUACAGAAGGUAAGAAUACUUAAUAAUCCAACUAGGAAUUCUCUUGUCGUUAAGAAAACAAUUCUCGUGAUUAAAAACCCCCUCAAUUUCAAAAUGAGGCCAGGUGCAAAACAGUUCUUGUGAAAUGGGGUUUAUUUGCGCCGAGAAUAAAAAUUCAGUGUCAAAGACUUUGCUCUUAACCAGGGCAACUCGCAAGUGGCCUGUAGGCCAUCUCCGAGUUUCAAAAACCCUCACUUUCAAAACGAGGCCAAGUGCCUCUGUUGAGUUUAAUUUGCUCGAGAAUGAAAAAUCAUGUUCAUUUCACUGGCUUCUUACUUAGCCCACUUUGAAACAGAAGCUUUCGCAACUGGGAAGUGGCCAAUUUUUUCACUCGCAUUCUGUGUUUUGAUAAGUAAAGACAGACAUGAAAUUUUAAUCUCGACAGCACUUGUUGUUGCUACAGAUACCAUAUCCUUGCUUUUAACUUUACCUUCCCUUGCAGAUAUACCGAAGGAAGCUCAUCAGUGUUGUCUGUCUGCCACCUUUAGCUUGCAAUUGCUAAUCGAACAAGCGCGGAUAUGGGGAACCUUAGAAAAUCAAAAUAACCAGUUUAAAGACCUCGGUUGUCUAAUGGUUGAUACUGUGAAGCGCCUGGCUAACUGCGUCACCGCCAUUAUCGAGGUAUGUGUUGAGGCAAACUGUUUCUGAAGACGUUUGUAGAGUAUGAAGACAGAUUACCCACCCGCUUUUUUUUUGACAACUUGUUCUCAGGGGGAUUUUAUCUUUUGCUUAAUUAAUUAAUAGGUUUUCAUCGUCAUCUAUUGAAGAUUAAUAAUACCCCUAGUUUUGUAGCUUCAAGCGCUCCUAAUGGGUUUGGGGAGAAAGAAGGGAAGUUUCGCUUCUCUCUUCCUCCUUUUCCCCCAAAAGGACUGAUACUCAGGCCCCUAGUUUUGUUGCCGAGAAUACAUUGUUUGUUCUCCGAAAUUCAUAAUAGUUUUUUUCGUCAGCGGAUCUAUUUUGGAUAGAAACGUAUUGAGACGGAUUGCGUGAUUAAACGCGCUCGCUAGAUUUAAAAAGAAAGUAAUCAUUAUGUGAUGUGAACUCGUUAAGUUGUGAGAGAUUCAACUUUUGGUUCCUGUUAGUUUCGAACGCCAAAUCAUUUUUUUCUUGCUCGUAGGGGGUUUAAGAGCAAUAAGCGUUUGUAUUUAAAUUGAAGCUCUUAACUUAAAAAACAAUAAGUAUCCGUGGCUUUACUGAUACCUUCGUUUAUUUGUUGUGGCCGCUGUAUUUUGUUUUUACUGAUGUAGACUCUUGAAGGCUCCAAUUCAGACAUGGACGAGCUUUUCACGGACUUUGGUGAAGACGUAAAGCACUUAGUACGUCACAUAGCUAAGAUGGCGGUUGUCUCAUCGCAAGAGGAACAACUGUCGACUGGAGAUACUCUUAACUCGGUAGGUCUAUUUAUUCACACACUUGACCGAUAUUUCCACGAUUUAUUGUUCGGGUGUAGCCAGUUGGUCGCUUUUGUCAUAACCGAUUCGUGUGAUGCAUUCCAAGGCUGAGUAUGGUGACCAACUGAUUCAAGUCACAAACAUUGAUGGAAUCUGUGGCUGUUCAAUCAACUAAGUCAUAUUAAUAAUUUAUUGUAGUUAAGCUUCAUAGUAAGUUGUGGAUUAAAAAUAUUACGGUAUGAUUAUUCACAUAAAAUACAAGCUAUGGUGGUUAUUCUAACAUUUGAGUCUUUAUAGAACAAAAUACAGUAUGUGACCGUAUUGUUUUGCUUUGAGUUGUGAAUGUGGUUAUAUAUUUCAUUGAAAAAAGAGAUAAUCCAGAUAAAUAGAACGAAUUCGAAUUGUAUAUGGGUUGUUUGUUUUAGACGGACGAUGACAUCGAGCUAAACAAAGCUUUCGUGGAGGGGCAAGAUAUGUCCAUGGAAAUAUCUGUACGCGACUCCAUUUCCGCCAUCUCAGAAAUACAAGAACACCUACAAACGGACACUUUAGAAUCCUUUAGUACUGGGGUGCGUAGCAAACCAGAUUUUCUGGUCUUGUAGUGUUUCAUUUCGUUUUUUGUUGUUCUUACUUCCCUUAAUGACUGUAGAAACUAGUGCAUUAGCACAGAUUUCGCACGUUUGUAGCUCAAGGUCUGGCUUAACUGCCUUACCACCUGCCUUUCCACCCUUCUAUUUGCAUGGGCCUAUCUAACUAGGAGAUCCUAAUCCAACGUUAACACUAACUUCUCACUAAGGGCAAAAUGUUGGGCUAGGGGAGGAGUGGGUGGAUAGUUUCCCAGAAUCUUAAACCUACCCUUCAAUCCUCCUACCCAUCUAUAAUGUACGCACUUCCAUUCUAUUCCUUGGUCCUUUCCUGCGAACCACCUAACUACAUUCGGGUCCCUCUCUCUUACUGCCCACCUGCCUAUCUCCAUACGCUUACCUACUCAACACACCCACUACACACUCCUCCCCUCCAUGUCAUUCCGUAUCACUUUUCUACCACUGUAUAUCUACCUAACCUGUUUACUUGAUUGUCACUGAACAUGCUUUUGCAAGCUUUUUCUCCAAAAUAACGAUAACACAAGAGCUUUUCCAUCACCGUUUCUGCUUUUUUGCAUUUGUUUAUUAAGCUUACUCUUUUUAAUUUUUUGUAAAAGAAAUAAGUCUCAUGAACUUGACUUGACUUCACACGUUUUCCUUUUUUAAGGUUGAGCGAGAAAUUUCCGACAAUGUCCUCGACCUUGUACGAACCACUGGAGAUUUUAUUCAUCAAAGUCGUGAAGUACAGGUAAGAGACCAGCUAUUAUUCUGGUAGCUUUCCUAACGUCGGUUCUUUCUCGAAAAUCUUCGAAUUUUUGGAAAGUGACGUCAGUAUCGGGCGAUAGAUAGAUAGAUCUAGCGAUAUAACCUCUUCUAUUAAUUGGCGUUAUAUUUGUCGAAGUUUUGAUAUUGUUGUCGUUUAUUUACAGAUGCAGCUUAUUUCUACUUCAAGUGAAAACAGCAGAAAAAAGGAAUCAGGAAGAAGUCGAUUAAAUUCUGUGAAGAAUUUCGUGAGCAGUGUAAACACGCUGCUGCAAAAAACAAGAGAUUUGGCGUCGAAUGUGCGUCAAGCAUGCGAAGAUAUGGACCUUGAAAAACUUGUUUCGUUACCUGAAGAAAUAUCAACAUCGGCGACAAAUAUUGUGCGGCAGAAAAGUGCUUUUAUUGAGGCUGGGUACUCAGCUGCGGUUGGGAGUAAUCAGAACAUUUUGGACGAAAUGGAAUAUUUAGAAAAGAAAUGUAACGAUGUUGAAUUAGCAGCAGGUGAUUUGAGACGAACAUUAACAAGAUUUCUAUUUCUCAGUCCACCAAAGUCCUUGCAGAAAAAACACACAUGUAGAGUUUUAGGGACUGGAGACGAGCUUUCAAAAGAUGUAACCAGGACUCCUCUGUCAGCUCGACAAGAAACGAGAAGUGUACGGAAACUUUGGAGCAAAGAAUCGCCAAUUUGAAAAGAAAAUUUUACAAAAAUGUGUGUAAUACAUAUAGGUAGCUAUUUUUUUUGUGAUAAGUUUUGUUGUUUUUGUGUGUUUUGCUCUUUGAUCAAUCCUGUGUGUCCCGUCUUUCUUUGUCGCAUCAAAUGCGAUUUAAAAACUAACUCAAGAUAAGAGAAAUUCAAAGUCUUCCCAGUCUUUUAUGGCGGCCGGGCUGUAAGUUGAUUGUGUCAUUGGCCUUUUUCAUAGUGGCGGACUAUUAAUAUAUUCUUUUAUAAGUAUGAUAAUGAAUAAGCCAACAUGUGCAAAAUGGAAAAGAAUUCUUACUUUCAAACGAGACCAGAAACGCUCAUUUAUAUACAUAUGAAAGAAUAAAUAUGGGCCACCAUUAUUGAAGAGGUCUAUGGGUGAAUACGUCAUUAUAGCUCCCAAUACAUGACGCAUAUACCUUGUCUUAGCGUUUACCCGCUGGCUAAGAUGAUUGCAGACUCCAAUUGCGAGAGAAGUAGUUGAAAAACCAAAGUUUAUGCUAUUCCUCGCCUUAAUUAAAGGCGUUCCUACAAGCCCACUAGCGGCUGAGCCGUCCUAUGGAGAUUCCCAACAGAUUUGUAAUGUAAGGUCGAACUCCCUCUCAGAAAAGCCUCUUUAUUACGGAC